AUGCCAAUUCCGGUGGGUGGGACAUUCACUCAAAUGUUGACACAAUCGCAAUCCCCUGACAAUACACUUAUACAGUCUGCACACAUGUUCCCUGUAGAUUACCCUCCAUUCAAUCAUUCUCAGAGUUACAAUCAAUUAAAUGCAUCACAGAACGUAAAUAGUUAUUACAGUGCCGGAGCAGGUCCAAGUGCUCCGACAACGUAUAAUCCGAUGGUUCUUACAACCCCAUAUCCCCACUGGAAUGAAGAAUGUCCACUGGUUUGUAAUGUUCAACGUACAUCAGAGACGGCUAUCCAAAAUUAUGCAUACUCCGAUGAUACAGUGCCAUUGUUUGACGAGGUUGGAGAAGGUGUGGACAAUGACUCCGGUGAUGACGAAGUUGGAGGGCAUCAUGAUAUGCAGGAGGUACAUAGAAAUGUCCAUAUCCCUUUCUACCAUAAUUUGCAUUUCGACAAUGAUGGUUCCAUCACUAGCCGUGAUGUUAUCGAACGUUGGCCAUUGUGGGACUUCAAAACUGCUAAUUUGGAGAAAGAAAUGAUAUUUACUGAUAAGAAAGGACUAGUGCACGCUGUUCAGUUGUAUAACCUGAAACGUAAUCGACAAUGCAAGGUCGUAGAAUCCAAAGGAAACAGUUGGGUGGCCGAGUGCAAGCACGGCUGCAACUGGAGGGUUUGGGCAACGAAGUUGAAAGACAAAGAUUUCUUUCAAAUUAGAAGGUUUGAAGUGCCGCAUCAGUGUGUGUACCCUAGAAUGAAUAGGGACAAUUGCAACCUCAAGUCCGAGGUCAUUGCUCAUUUCAUCAAGGCACAAAUUGCAGUCGUGAAGGAGAAGUUUCAGUUCACUAUAUCAUAUAAGAAAGCGUGGCUUGCAAGGACGAAGGCAGUUGCAAUGGUGUUUGGUGACUGGGACGAGUCGUACCGAAGGUUGCCUAGAUAUAAGGCUGCAUUGCAGGCAUUCAAUCCAGGCACAGUUGUCACGUGGGACAUGUUUCCGAAUUUGCACUCUACCUCAAUCGGAGCUGAAAUGUACAUGAACUAUGUGUUCUGGGCAUUUAAACCUGCAAUAGAAGGCUUCAAGUAUUGUCGUCCAGUGAUAUGCAUUGACGGCACACACUUGUACGGGAAAUACGAAGGAAAGAUUGUUGCGGCCACUGCAGUGACUGCUGCGGACAAGAUUGUACCUCUUGCCUUUGCCGUUGUUGACAAGGAGAUGAUCGAGAGUUGGGGUUGGUUCAUUACUCUGCUUAGGCGACAUGUGUGCCGUGACCGAGAGGGGGUCACAUUGAUAUCCGAUCGACACACAGCUUUGCUUAGUGUCGUGUCAAGAAUUUGGGACAAUCUAGCAGUUCAACCAAGAGGGUACCAUAGGUAUUGCUUGCGACACGUAUGUAGCAAUUUCAAUGAAAGAUUCGGCAAUACAGUAGCGAAGGAUCUUGUGUGGAGAGCUAGUUCUGCACGGCAAGUGCGGAAGUUUAACAAGAUUACGGACGAUAUCUACAAGCUCGAGAAGAAUGCUGAACGGUGGUUUAGACGGAUGAACCCUAUUCAUUGGACAUUGUGCCAUGAUGGUGGUUGUUGUUGGGGCAUAUUGAUGACAAACCAUAUAGAGGGUUUCAAUGGUGUACUGAAAGGCGCACGUAGUGUUCCCAUUACAGCAUCAAUUAAGAUAACUUUUUAUCGGCUCGUGAAAUAUUUUGAUGAGGGCAGGACCAUUGCUGAAAAUGCGAGUAAUCGGGGUCACUUGUACAUGACUAAUGUUCAACGAUGGAUUGACGAGCACCAAGCUAAAGUGAAUGUGCAUAUGUUGGUACCAAUUAAUAGGGGAAUAGGGGAAUAUGAGGUGAGGACAGCACCGCAUGGGAUGGGGGGUGGUGCUCGUCAAAUAGUUAGUCUCCGACCAUCGAGUUGUUCAUGUGGGAAAUACACAUUAUUUCACUUGCCAUGUUCCCACAUGCUUACUGUGACAGCAGAUUUGGGCGAGGACCCUUUUCCUUUCGUUGCACCAGAGUAUAGAUUGGAAGUCCACAAGCGUAUCUUCGCGCAGAAGUUUAGGCCCAUGUCGCACAAGCAAUAUUGGCCUGACAAUGAUUACCCAACUUUGCUUGCUAUUCCAGCUCGACAACGUGAAGUCUAUGACUCAUUUACCAGAGGAGAUCCCAUUAUUGAUUCAUCAGCAUCGAGCCGAUACGAUAUGGCGUCAGUCGGAUGUUGUGAUACAAAGGAGAUAGCUGGCCCACUAGUGUUGUUACAAGUUUGGGCAUGGGAGAGAUUGAGCAGGAUCGCCCCUAGUCGGAAGUCGAACAUUGCUGCUGGCAAGCGUGCCAUAGGGGAGGGCGACCAGCUGUUACCACCUGGCCCGCGAGCUUGUAGGUGGAGGGUUUCCUUCAGCCAUGAGGUGAUAUCGACUAAUGUCGGUGUCAUCUUUCAGGACCAGUUCGACCGCAUGGUGGAGGGGGAGGUUCGUAAUUUGUUCAUGUGA